AUGCCGACAGACUACACUUUCCAAGGCUGGCUGGGCCACUCGCCCGAGGCCUUCAAUGGCAAGAUGGAAUGGGGUACUUUCGAGCCCAAGAAGUGGACGGAGGACGACGUCGACAUCCAGAUCACGCAUUGUGGCAUCUGUGGCUCGGAUCUGCACACGCUCAAGUCGGGCUGGGGAGCAACCAACUACCCCUGCUGCGUGGGCCAUGAGAUUGUCGGCCGCGCAGUGCGCGUCGGCUCCAACGUGAACAACAUCAAGCUGGGCGACCGCGUGGGCGUGGGCGCACAAGCACGCUCAUGCCUCGAGGCCGACUGCCCGGACUGCUCGCAGGGUCGGGAGAACUACUGCCCCCGCGUCAAGGUGAACACGUACGACAGUCGCUACCCGGGGGACGAGGGCAUGUCCAUGGGCGGGUACGCGGACUACAACCGGACGCACCACAAGUUCGCCAUCAAGAUCCCCGACGGGUUGCCGAGCGAGUACGCAGCUCCCCUCAUGUGCGGCGGCAUCACGGUGUACGCGCCCCUGCGCAACAACGGGUGCGGGCCCGGCAUGACGGUCGGCAUCGUGGGCGUCGGCGGGCUGGGCCACUUUGGCGUGCUCUUCGCCAAGGCGCUGGGGGCGGACAAAGUGGUGGGCAUCAGCCGCAAGCGCAGCAAGCGCGACGAGGUGCUCGCGCUCGGGGCGGACGAGUACAUUGCAACGGACGACGACAAGGACUGGUGGAAGACGGGCAAGGGCACCCUCGACCUCAUCAUCUGCACCGUGUCGAGCGCCAACAUGCCGCUGAGCCGGUACCUGCGCCUACUCCGAACGAAUGGCAACUUUAUCCAGGUGGGCGCGCCAGACGGGGGCAAGUUCCCCGAGAUCAACGUUUUCGCGCUGCUGGGCGCGGGCAUCAAGAUUGGCGGCAGUGGCAUCGGGUCGCCGGCGGACAUUGAGGAGAUGCUGCAGCUCGCCGUGGACAAGAAGAUUGAGCCGUGGGUGGAGAAGAGGCCGAUGAGCGACGCGAACCAGGCCAUUGUCGACCUCGAGGCCGGCAAAGCGCGGUACCGCUACGUGCUGGUGAACGAGAAGCACCUGAGCGAGACGAAGCUGUAG